AAGGUCAUGGUUGAGAAGUUCCCUCUCGACCAGGCACAGGAAGCGUUCGACCAUCGCGCCACUGCCCGGUUCCGCGCUGUCAUCGUCCCAUGAUGGCCUUCCGUGACGAGAGCUACUAGACUACUUCAUAGAGUACGUGUCGGACUAUAAGCCUGGAUUAUAGAGAUCAUGUUAAUGAUCACGUACGAACCUGUCAAUGCUCGAUAUUUCGUCUUCAACGCCGACGAAUACAGCAGACACCUGCCCCAACUUCCACAAUAUCCACCCACACCAGCAGAACGCAACCUAUACGCCCGGCUUCCAACAGACGAAACACAACACUCGAUAGAAAACCAUCAAAGCAUCCAGAUAACAGAGUCAGCGCGGUCCCAACACAGGGACCACACCAGAAUAUAUUCACAACACAUGAGAGCCCUUUGAAUUAGCCGUUCAUCAGUCCAGAUACCAAUACUUAUACCAAUACCAAUACCAAUCCGAGAAGACGUGUCCUUGUUCCCAGUCCG